GCACUCUAACAUCAGUCUUAACGCACAGCGAGGUCGUUUGGAUUGGUUCAAGUUAAAAUUAAAGACCGAGUGGCAAUUUGGGUAUAAAGUCUAAGAGAAUUAUCUAAAGUUGUGAUUUGAAUCGACACCAUGUCUGUGGUCAGCGCCUUGCCUUUCAUGAGACCCCUUCAGAUUUCCCCGGGGCGCCAACGUCGCCACACGCUCCCGGCCAGUGAGUUCCGUUCGCUGAGCCCAGAGGACGCCAUCAGCGUGUUUGAGAUAGAGAGGGAAGCCUUCAUCUCAGUAUCUGGCGAGUGCCCUCUCCACCUAGACGAGGUGCGUCACUUCCUAACGCUGUGUCCUGAGCUGUCCCUUGGCUGGUUUGAGGAGGGACGGUUGGUGGCUUUCAUCAUAGGCUCUUUGUGGGACCAGGACAAGCUAACCACGGAUGCCCUGAUCCUGCACAAGCCUCACGGCACCACAGUUCACAUCCACGUCCUGGCCGUCCACCGCACCUUCCGCCAGCAGGGCAAGGGCUCCAUCCUGCUGUGGCGCUACCUGCAGUACCUGCGCUGCCAACCCCGCGUGCGCCGCGCCGUCCUCAUGUGUGAGGACUUCCUGGUCCCCUUCUACCGAAAGUCGGGGUUCAAAGUUCACGGCCCCAGCGAGAUAACCGUGGGUCCCCUGACAUUCACGGAGAUGUACCACCACGUCAGGGGCCACGCCUUCAUGCGACGCAACAGCGGUUGUGUCUGAGGUUUGGUGAGAGUCGAAGUGGAUUCCUGCCAGAGGCGUUGUUAAAACUCUACUGGGGCACAGGCCCCUAUUCAUAUCCCCUUUUUUUUCUUUCAAGCUUGCUGCG